GUGUGCAGUAUAUCUCCUCCGUAUACCUGGAAGUAGGACUCGAUACCGAGUAAGUUGUCAGUGGCUCUUACAAACCCAACAAGAAGAUUAGGGAAUUACACUAUCAUUAAUGGUGGGACAUUGUUUAAACGUAUGGAAUAAUUAAGUGAAGAGUUGUGCUUCAAGAUGACAAAGCUUGUUGAAGAGAAGGACAUGGCAGGCAGCCGCGAGGGUGCUUGGGCAGCUGCAGGCUUUGCAGCUGUCUUGGUGUUAGUUGGGUUACCUGUGUGGUGGUAUACGACCACUGUCUACCGUGCUCACCUGCCCUAUUCCACCAUCGUUAAUCUAUCUGGUCAGCCACUUUAUCAUGCUACUGGAAUGACUCUUGUAGGUGAAACUACGGCAACACUUUCAGUGGAGUUGGAGAAGAAUCUUAGAUCCAUGCAGGGUAUCAAGUUCCAGAUAUCAAAAAGAAAACCAAGAAAAGAAGAAAUAGCAAUGAUAAAGUCAGCUGUCUCAUUAUCUGACCUUGAUAACAAAUUGACGCAAAUAAUGCAUGUUGCUGCUGGAACCUUGGCUGUAUUUGUUGUCCACGAGCCUGACUUUUUUGAGAGUAAUGUCAGCAUAAUUGUUGGAAGACAUCGACUUACAUAUGUAAAACCUGGUGUGGAUGUGCAGCUGUUGUCAACAGUGAUCAAGAGUAUGGUGAUAGAUCCACUUGCCAAUAAAAGGGCUCAAGGAAGCAAGCUUUUGCACCAGCUACCAGGCAUGCAUAAAAGAGAAGCAAUGAGACAGGUACCAACAGAACCAGGAUAUGAUGUAACCUUAACAUUGAUGGUACCUGAACCUCACCGCACUGAAAUAGACUGGGAUGCCAAAGCUGCUGUUAAUGGUAACUACUUAUGUUGCAGCUUCUUAGUCCCACGUUGGGGUGGGGUGAUGAUUCACAACAUACCACUGGCUAAAGGAAAUGCAUCAUUUCCUCAUUAUGUGACACUAGACUCCCACUGGAUCAUGAGCACUGUCCUUACUCAUCUUCACAGAUUAUUGCCUAUACCAUCUCUGAAAGAAACAGAAGGUUUAAAGAUUUUGCCUUCACUGGACACUUGCCUAUUGACUGAAUGGCAGCUUGAUGGUUUAGCUCGGGCCAGAGUGUCUUACUACUUGUCCAACAUUCACAUUACAUUGCAGUCCUUGUGCGAGUUAGUUGGAGAGAUCAGCAACAUGGUAAUAAGCGAUGAGGUGGGUGGGUGGGUGUGGGGAGCAGUGGAGGAAUGGAGUGAAUGUGGUCAAGCAGCUCGAGAAGGAAGGCUACAAGAAGCAACUCUCUAUUGCAGUCGAUCCUUCACCCAAGCUGAUGCUGCAUUCUUCCAUCCUUCCAUGUUGGCACUACUUUACUUUCCUGACAACCAGAAGUAUGCAAUAUACGUUCCUUUGUUCCUGCCCGUGAGCAUCCCUGUCAUUCUCUCCCUCAAAAUGGUACUGGGACUGUACUGGAAACCCUCACCCAGAAAGGAGAAGGUGGAAUAAUGCAUGUAUUGUCUAUGCUUUCUUGGAAUACAUAUUAUAUCUUGUAAAAGUUGUAUUUAUGAAGAAGAAAUUCACAUUACAGUAACUGAAACAAUUUAUAAUUAACCCACCACUUGAAGAGGAAACUUUAACACAAUUUUGGUCUGCCUAAGGCCUUCAUCAGGUCACAACUUUAUAAUAACAUAUGAAGGAAUUCAAGGAAACUGAUUAGCUGGACUUGAGUCCUGGAGGUGGGAAGUACACUACCUGCACUGAAGGAGGGGGUGAGGAUAUUUGCAAUUUGGAGGGGCAUCUGAACUGUAUUAUCUGUGUGCCUCUGCAAAAGUUAUAGAGUGAAUGAUGGUGAAAGCAUUUCUGUUUUUGGGUCACCCUACCUUGGUUAUAGACAGCCAAUGUGGUAAAAAAAAAAAAUGAUAGUCUGGGAUAAACUGAAACUUUAUCUGUUUUCUUCCAAAUUGUGGAUUAAUCAUGAAUUUUCCAUAAUUUUAUUUCACCAUUGACAAAUAUGUCUUGAUUUACAAUCCUCAAGGGAAUAUUUUUAUGGUAAGUUUGUAGAUCUAUUUUGAAGUUUAAAGAUUAGAAUUCUUAUGGUAUGUCAAGUGUGUGUGAAUGCCUGUAUAUAUGUGGCUCAAGUGUUGUACAUACCUGCAGGAAGGUAAGUUCAUGCAGAGUUACAUCUCUGUUUCAUCUAGUUCAUAUUUUACAAUAAUAUUAUAUAGUAUGCUGUA